AUGAAACAUUUUAUUUUUGUAUUUUUUUUUUUGUUUUAUCUUGUUUAUGCACAAAUUCCUUACGAUAUUCUAAGCAUUUAUAAGCCAUUAAAUUCACAAUCUGUCAAAGUACUUCCAGGAGACAAGGUUUCAAUAGAUUAUAAAUUAAAGGAUAUUAAAGAUGACAUUGGAAAAGAAUAUUCAGAAAAUUCUUUAAAAAAAUUAGCAGAAAAAUACUAUAAGGAUGUAGAUUCAACUGAUCAAAAUAUUUUAGAAGAAUUAGAUCAACUUAAAGAUUUGUUAGGAGAAAAAUCCUUAUUUUUGACUAUAUUUUAA